UACUCCUAAAGGCACUGACAAUGGCCCCUGCAAGCACUUUCACGCCGAAGGCGUCCCUGACAGAGGCACCUACCAACCUGAAGGAGGCCAUUGAUUGGGUCCUCAGGGUAACUGGUAGGGAUGGUAAAGAGAACAAAGAUGAAUGUAUAUGUGGCCUGGCGGCGGCAGUGACUGACCUACUGCAGUCAGUAGAACUGGAGUACCAUGGCUAUCAAGGUGAAGGCGCUGACCCAAAGAAAGGCGCCACUGAACACCAAGUCACAGACCACCUCCAUGGACUAUUCUCCCUAGUCCAGGGACUAGGUGGUACUGUAGUGGUACGGACCUAUAUAGACCAGCUGGCACAGGUACUCAGUGCACUCGUUGGGUGGAGUAGGAUAGAUAAGUGUAGUAUUGGCAGCUGUGAUCACGGCAAAAAAGGCAGUACAUGUCAGUAUCUACAGGAUAAAACGCCGGAGAACAAGUGUGGAGCGUGUGGGUGUAUGAAAUGGAAUGUGGACGAGGCGGACCAAGAGGAGAAAGGACACCACCUAGGCAGGGGUUGUCAGAGGUGUAGUGAUAGUGGUGGUAGUGAACACAAUUGUAGCUGUAGUGGUGGUGGUAGUGACUGUACUGCUGAGACUUGUAAAUGCGCUUUAGCUGGCAAGUGCUGCAAGUGUUGUUGUAAGGAUAAGUGUGGGAAGUGUAGUGAUAAGUGUAGCUGUGUUGAAGAGGAAGAAAAGUAUAAAUCGGCAUACACAAAGACAUUAAAAACAUUAAGUUGGGUCGAAAAGGUUGUCAAAAAUGAACCACCCACGUGGGAACAUUUGACGGAAGCGUCUACUGGAACCACUACCGAUGGCACAGCCAGUCACCGUCGCCACAGAUGUGCCCGUAUCCUCCUAGGGUCAGUCUGUCUCAUUUGGAGUGGACUUACUUAUAUGUAUUGGACCGGGAAGUACGCCGAAAGUAGCCCCCGGUGGAACAACCACAUCGUUGAUGGCAGUGGUCUAGAUGAUGGUACACUGUCACAAUGGUUACAGGCCCUAGGGUUCCCAAGGGAUAUGUUGAAUAAUAGUGGGCCACAGAAUAGACUUGACAAGGUCAUAUGGGAUGGGUUUAAGGAAAAGUUUUAUUUGGGAUUCCCGGAUACUAGUCAGUGGAAUGAUGUCCAUGGCAGGGAUCAAGAUGGUAAUACAUUCAGGGAUCCAUCUAGUAUGAAUUUCGCGGGAUAUAUACAUACCUUAGAGAAGGGUGCAUUUGGUGAUAGUGUCUUUAAGGCAGAUGGCAGUGUCCCUGACCAGAAUAAGCUCGGUCCGCUCUAUAAGCUCUACAUACUAUCGUGUGCCUACUUUACUGGAUUACAGAAAAAGACUAGUGAGAGUGCUACUAAAAGCACCGCUAAUAAUCCUAAGACCAUCAGGGAAAUCCUCUACUGGCUUAGUGCAUUGCCAUAUAGUGAGGCAUAUAAGGGACUAUUGGAUCACUGUAACAGUGCACUAGAGAAGGCAUCUCCUACAGAUAAGAAGCUUUUGUUCUACCAAGAAAACCGUUGGGCUCCCAUUACCGUUCAUGAAUACAACCUCUUUGCCCACUUCCAAGCAGUGACUCAGUACUGUCCACUGGUCCUCAUAGGUAUCCAGGGUGGAAUACACAGUUCUAAAAGCACUGACAACACCAAGGAACCUGCCAUUCAUGCCCUGUAUGCUAACACAGAGUGUUCCUUCACAUAUCCCACUGUGUCCAUCCAAGCAUACAACCAGGUGGUGCACUACAUUAGGGCUCUAUUCUAUCAACUCUAUUUCCUUAGGAAGCAAUGUGCCGUGAAAGUGACUUGUGGAGGCAAAUGGCGUGAAUGUAGGUAUGGUCAGGGGGUAGUCUCUAAGGGGGUAAUUAGCUGGAUGUGCCUGGGGUGUGACCCCAUGGAACAUGAUAGGAAAAAGAGGGUGGGGGAGAUGGGGAACAAACUCAACAAACUACCAUUAGGAUCGAAUGGCAGUGAUGCAAAGAAGAUCAAGGAUGUACUGGAGGCUAUAGGUCAGGUAGUGGUACAAUUGGGUAAUGCCCAGGAGGCAUUGGAAGGGAAGAAGACGGAGGCGAUCAAUGCGGUGAAGACGGCACUAGGGACGGCUAAGACGGAACUAGAGAAGGCUAGGACGGAACUAGAUACGGCGGUCAAGCAGGUGAAGAGUGGGCUGACUGGGAAAGAAUUAACGAAGGCUAAGGAAGCACUAGAGAAGCUGACAGGUAAUGGUGGUAAGGGAGAUCUUCUAGGGGAUGUAGUGGGACAUAGUGGACUAGGGAAGGUCGACAGUGGUGAAUAUGAUCCCGGUAAGAACAAGAUAAGUGCUGCUAUCAAGGGAGUACGUGAUGCAUUGGAGGCAUUAAAAGAAGAACUAAAAGAUGAUAAAUCACCGCUAUAUGGCACAUUACCGGGAUGGGUCGCGACAUCAUUUCAUCAAGCUACAGAGCAGAUAAAGGAUAUAUGCACCUCUCCCAAGUGCCACCAAUGUGACCUACACUCCAAGAAGUGUGGCCGACCAUCAAAUCUCACUGUCUGUCAGACCUGCCUCCAACCCACUACCACUGGUGUCCCCUCCCCCCUCCAGGCAUUCCUCGAGGAUAGGCUACCAGGGUUUAGUUGUAAUAAUAUACCUGAAGGGGACAACCCAGAAUACCCACCUGCUGCAGAUCACUUAGGACACUGUAAUGGCUCAGGUCAGUGCUGCCCCUUGCCAAUGGGUUUUAGAAAUCAAUUCCACAAGGGAAGCAGCAGAGAUUGUACCGGCAAACGCCUUUAUGGGAUCCUAUACUUCUUUAGUAACGAGAACAUGAUGCAGUCGUGUGUUUAUACAUUGGUGAGGGUCACAGCAGCCCUCAGUGCCACCACACCACAGGUAUUGGGUGACGUCUUUGGGUUCUUUAGGGGUGGUGUAGGAAAUCCAGUAGUGAAAGAAGGAGAGGACAGCAAGAAGUGUGAUCACAUUACAGAUCCUAAAGACUCAAAUAACAGUAAGGAAUACUUUUGCGGCUGGUGUGCCUCUGGGUUAAGGGAAGAGGUAAAGAAGAUAGAGUGGAUACCAUUUGACACUAAACCAGGUGGACAAUACAUGGACAAAGUCGGUAAAGCGCUAAGAGACAUUAAGGGCGAGAAGGGCAGUACCAGUACCCCGUAUUCCAGUGCUGCUCCACAAUCCAGUAAUACUUCCCUCUCACGACUCACUAAGAACUGCCAGUACCUCUCCCCCCUAACCGGUGAACUCUACACCGCAGUGAGUGCCACUUUCGGUGGAACAUACCUCUCAUGGGUACUAUAUCUAUCAGAUGCCCUGGAAGGGGGUCUAAAGUCACUGUCAGAGGCAUUCCUGCAAAUUGAAUGCCGGGGCUGUAAGGGACAAUGUGACCCCAAUAAGUGCAGGAAGGGAGAACACGGUAGCACUACAGGGAGCGCCGGACUAUGUCAGUGCCAAUCAAUCGUAUCAUGUACCGGGGUACUACCGGUGUUGUAUAGACAUGGGUUUAGCUAUGGUAACCCAUUCAAUCUGGAGGGGUACCAGCAGAGUGGUAAGGAGAAGGGAGAUUAUAGUAUAGAUGACAAGGGCGGGAAGAAGCGUUGUGACGAUUUCUUAAGCAGUCUUCAGGCAGUGAUUGACAAGAACAAGCAGGACCCCUCUCAGGACCAGGACACUAAAGAACACCCCCUGAGCAAUCUCCUCUCACAGGUCGGCAAACUGCAGUACGACAUACGGCUCCCCUGGAUCUUUGUUCUCACACUAGCCUGGUUAGUAGCGGUACUGUACCUAGCAUUUGGUGCCAUAUGGCCACUGGACUGGACACAUAUGAGGUCGCAUUGGUUACGGGGUGGAGCACACCAGUGGGAAGCAAUGUGGUAUAAGGUAAUGACGGGGCGCAAAGGAAUGGAACUGGUGGAGUAUUUUGGUAGACAGAGAGUGUAAAUAAUAUAUAUUGUGCAAUAGUGUACCGAC